GCGGGCUGGCGGCUGGGCGGGCGAUGGCGGGGGCCGCAGCAGGCGGCAGAGGCGGAGGGGCCUGGGGGCCAGGGCGCGGAGGGGCCGGGGGGCUCCGGCGGGGCUGCUCUCCCCCAGCCCUCGCCGGCUCCCCCCGGGCUGGGCUGCAGCCGCUCAGGGCCACGGUCCCCUUCCAGCUGCAGCAGCCGCACCAGCGCCGGGACGGGGGUGGCCGCGCAGCCAGUGUCCCAUGUUCCGUGGCCCCAGAAAAGUCAGUGUGUAGGCCUCAGCCACCCCAGGUCCGACGUACAUUCUCCCUGGACACCAUCCUCAGCAGCUACCUUCUGGGCCAGUGGCCACGAGAUGCUGAUGGGGCUUUCGCCUGCUGUACCAAUGACAAGGCCACCCAGACCCCCCUGUCCUGGCAAGAGCUUGAAUGUGAGCGGACCAGCUCCUGUACACACAAGCGCUCAGCAUCCUGGGGCAGCACAGACCACCGUAAGGAGAUUACCAAAUUGAAGCAACAGCUGCAAAGGACGAAGCUGAGCCGUGGUGGGAGAGAGAAGGAGCGGGGCUCCCCACUCCAUGGGGACCAUGCUGUGCGGGCUGCACCAAGGGUGUCCCCUCCCAGCUUCCCCUCAGGGUCCCCUGUCCUACGACUCAGCCCUUGCCUGCACCGGAGCCUGGAAGGGCUCAACCAGGAGCUGGAGGAGGUGUUUGUGAAGGAGCAGGGUGAAGAGGAGCUGCUGCGGAUCCUCGAUAUCCCUGAUGGGCACCGUGCCCCAGCUCCCCCCCAGAGUGGCAGCUCUGAUCACCCUCUCCUCCUCCUGGAGCCUGGCAACCUUGCCAGCUCCCCCUCCAUGCCCCUGGCAUCCCCCCAGCCCUCAGGCCAGGCCAGCCGUGAGGAACACCCGGAGGAACUGGCAUCCGUCCCCAAUGACAAAGCCUCCUCUCCAGGCCGCCCAGCCUUCCUUGAAGACGGCAGCCCAUCUCCAGUUCUUGCCUUUGCUGCCUCCCCUCGGCCCAAUCACAGCUACGUCUUCAAACGGGAGCCCCCGGAAGGCUGUGAGAGAGUGCGUGUGUUUGAAGAGGCCACGUCCCCGGGUCCUGACCUGGCCUUCCUGACUUCCUGUCCUGACAAGAACAAAGUCCAUUUCAACCCAACUGGCUCAGCCUUCUGCCCCGUCAGCUUGAUGAAGCCCCUCUUCCCCAGCAUGGGCUUCAUCUUCCGUAACUGCCCCUCAAGCCCAGGGUCCCCACUUCCCCCUGCCAGCCCCAGGCCACCACCUCGGAAGGAUCCAGAGGCUUCCAAGGCCUCGUCACUGCCAUUCGAGCCAUGGCAGCGCACCCCACCAUCAGAAGAGCCUGUACUGUUCCAGAGCUCCCUGGUGGUCUGAGGGCCCCAUCCCCACCACUUUACCAUGGAGACCAGUGCCUUGGUGGCAGGCCCCUCCCUAGUUCCCCUGAGGUGGGAGAGGAAGGAGCCCCUCUUGGCCUUCGAGCACUUUCAUUUAUUGUGUCAAAGCCUGGGUCCUCUUUCUGAUGGAUACCAGCCCCUCUGAACGUGAGGGGACCUGCCUUCUCCACUAGCAGCUGGGCAGCUCACAAGUCACACCUGUGUCCUUGCCGCCUCUCUCACUUGGUGGAAAACUCACCCAGAAGGGCUUGGGUCCCCCACCCCUGGGUGUGAGUCCAAAGGACUGUAUAUGGGGCAUUUGUCCUUGUCAUGGAGCAAGCUGGUCAUGACUGAAGGAGAGGGGACACCAUGUAUUUCCCUCCCUCUCCCCUACAGACACAGAAGAGACCUGAAGAUAGCUGACCCCUCGCCUCUCAGCCCUCGUCCCCAUGCCUCCCUCUCAUUGGAGGAGCUGACCAAAGCAGCCCUAAAGGGCCACAACACUUGACCAAUCCAGCUGCUGGUAGAGGGGGGAACCAAGCGUUUUCCCAAGUGGCAUUUUCAUCUCGCUUUCACCCUAAGAUUGUCUUAAGCAGCAGCCCAGCCUGCCCAGCCCCAGGUGGGUAGUGGGGAAGAGGGAGAGCUGGCAUUCCUCCAGGUGGCAAGUGGUGACCCUCCACCUGCCCCAGGACUGGGUUGGAUUAGAAAAAUGCCUAUUUUUCUUGUAUCGAUGUAGAAACUCUAUUUUCUCCCAAAGACACUAUUUUUGCAGCUGUUUGAAGUUUGUAUAUUUUCCAUACUGCAGAGCUUACACAAAAUUGAAGAAGAAUGUUAAUGUUCAAGUUUUCUUAUCCUGUGUUUAGAUUUUUUUUUUUUUGCAGAUCUUGGUGUUAAUAGACCAAAUAAAUAAGUAUUC